AUGUAAUAUUUUAAUAAUUAAGCCUUGAAUUCGAUUAUUUUUGACACAUUUUCACUAUUGAAUCCCGUGACCAAAGAAAGAUAUAGAAAUCCAGCAUUAACUAAAAAUUGCUUACAUCAUAAAGCUUGUUUUGAAUUGGAGGAAGCUUUAAAAGAAAUCCAAUAAUAAAAACUUUAUUAAUGUCCACAUUGUAAUUAAUAAGCAUUUAGCAAAUAUGAUUUAGUUUAAGAUUGGAGAGUUGAAGCUUAUAAAGAAUUUAAUGAAGAGGUUGAUGAAGUAAUAAUAAUAAAAGGGAUGAUGUUUAAUAAAUGCUGUAGAAAUAAAUAUAAAUAUUUGAAUUUUUUCACUUAGCCAGAAUAUUAUAAGCAAUUUGAACAAAUAUUUGAAAGAGUGGAGAAUGAUAUGUAAAUAGUAUCAUUAAUCAGAAGAGACUUAUAAUAAUAAUAGAUUUAAAACAAUAAUAAUAAAAUAAUUUAUUUGUGUUUUUGUUUGUUAGAUAAAGUGAAAAUAAAUAUCCCUGUUAGAAUAAGAGGAUGUCAACAUUAUGAAUGUUAUGAAUUAACUAGUUUAUUAAACUUUUAAAUUGAAAAUAGAAAAAAGAUAUAAUAUUUAGAAUGCAAACAACCAUUUUGUUCAAAUCGAUUAAGAAUUGCACACAAAAACUAUUCUAUAUAAUCUGUACCUAUAAGUAAAGAAUUAGAUGAACAAUAAAAAAUACUUGAUAUCUAAACAUUAUUUUCAGGCAUAUCUGUUGAUUUGGAUUUAUUAAAUGUCAUUAAAAAGAGUAAUCCAAGCUCAUUCAAAUUUUACUAUAAUAAAAAAACCGAAAAUAUUGAAGAAGAUAUAAAUAAAAUAGACGGCAAAGCUGUAGAUCCAUUCAUUGUAAAAUUUUAUUUACAACAUCCAGAUGUAUAAUAAAAAAUGUAAUACUAAGAAUUCCAAAAAAUAAUAUAAUAAUAGACAAUUUUAGCAACCCAAGGAGGACUUCUUUAAGAAGAGCAAGAUUUGAGCAAAUAAUUAACUUUGUAAAGAUACAGAAAUUACUAAGUAAAUAUGAUAGACAAAUUAACAUAACUUACAAUUGAAUAUCCAGUUAGAUGUAAACUUUGUAGAGAUCUAGAAGUUUGUAUGGAUAUUAGAAGUUAUAUUGCACAAUUUAUUUAUUUUAAAAAAUUUUUUCUAGCAAAAGGAUUUUCUUGUCCAAUAUGUAAUUAAUAAUUAGGAUAAUAAAUUUUACGAAUGAAUAUUUAAAAUUACAUAUAUUUAGAUCCAAAUAUACUUUCCUAUAUGUAUUAGAAUAUGUCUAAUAUUAUUGAUACCAAAAUUUUUGAAUAUCAUGGUGAAUAAUAUAUGCUUUAGGAUUUUAAAAAUAGAUAAAAGAUUAAAAGAGAAGAUUAUGUUGCAAGUUUAUUAGAUAGAAUUGUUGUAUUUAGGCAAUUGUUUUGUAGAGUAAAUUUCGAAUUGAGAAUUCGGUAACCUUUAAUUCUUUACAAUUGUCCUGAUAGAAAAAUUGUUGAUUUUAAAUCAUUUUAUCAAGAAUUAAAGAAAAUAAACUUUGAUUUAGAAAAAUAAGGACUUAUCUUAUGUAGAUGCAAUUAUUGUUAUCGCAAUCCCAUUAAGUUUAUCGCAGGAUAAAUCUAUUUUCAUGAAGCCUUUUAUGAAGCUCUAAAUAAAUAUUAUCAAAUCUAAGAUAAUAAUCAAAAUGAGUCUCACUUUACAUAUACAUUUGCUGAUACAGAGAGAGAUAGUUAUAUCAAAACAGUUCAACUUAUCUUACCUUUAAAAAUUAAUUUUUAAAGGGAAAAUGGUAGCUUUUGGGAUAUGAUGUCUGAUGAAAAGUAUCAAAGUUUAUUUAGAGGAUCUGAAAUAUAAGGGUACAAAUUCAAGUUAUUUGCUAUUAAUUUCUAAACAUUAUGCAAAUCCCAAUCGUAUUAGAUUAAUAAGGUAUAUAUGUUGAUAUGGAACAAGCAAUGUAGAAUUUCAAUUAACGUAUUGAUCAAAAAUUAAAAUAAUAUGGUUUUAAAGUGCGUAUGA